AUGAGAGUUAAGACUAGCACCGCCCUCACCGGCAUUCUCGCCGCCACCGCCGCCACGGCGCAAAACGCAACGAGCACCUGCGCGACCGGCGUGUACAUCAUCGUGGCCCGCGGCAGCAACGAAGCUCCCGGAUCCGGCAGAAUCGGCAGCGUCGCCAAUGGCACUUUCGCAGCCAUUCCCGGGUCCCAGAUCGCGCCGCUCGACUACCCGGCGACGUUUGACAACUACUCGACCUCCGUCGCAGCCGGCGCCGUGGCUUUGAACGCCGCGUUGACCUCGUACAACGCACGGUGCCCGAACUCCAAGGUUGCGCUGUUGGGAUACUCUCAGGUAAGCUCACGCCUCAUCGCCGUGAUUCUCUUCGGAGACCCAACCCACAACGUCAGCGCAAGCUGGAACAAGGGCACGAGCAAGCGCAAUGGACUCUUCCCCCGUGAGAAUGUGACCAAGUGCGAGGCAUACGCGUCCAAGAUCGAGUCGUACUGCGACACGGGAGAUAUCUACUGCGAUCUCGGUAACAACACCGCCGUUCACGGUUCAUACUUUGCCAACUACACCGACGAUGCAGUUGAGUUCAUCUGGGCACAGUACAACGCGUCCAAGUCAUCCAACGGUUCAUCGCCGACUGCCACCCCCACCACGGUUCCGGGAUCCGGAGCUGCCGACUCCGCUCCGGGCCUGCUGAUGUCCCUGGCUGGUUUAUCUAUGCUGGCGGCUUUCAUCUUGUAA